GCCAUUAUUGAACAAACCGAAUUGUAUGACCUUGAGGUACGACAAUACCUUUUUCCGUGUACGUUUGGUUGGGCCGAAUUUUAGGAUAUAAAUCAUAUUGCCUGUUGUCCUGUACUGGCCUGUAUUUGGAUCUUGUUUACACUAGUUGUCACCAUUUAAUCUCAUCAAAUGUUAUGAAUGAUACAUUUCAUGCCAGUCAAAACCAAUAUGCCAAAGGUGAUUUGUAAUUUCACUUUACUAUAGAUGCAGCUUUCUCGCUACAUAAUAUUCUCCAUUUUUGCUUUUAAAAUGUUUACAUGAGUAAACACCGGGUUUCAAAGUGGGUUUUUGCAACAAAUUGGCACUAAACCGCACUUGUAAAACUCGCGAUUUCAUACUACAGUGGGUGUCAAAAUUAAAGUGGCCUUUGAGAAGCAAAGAAUGUCGACAAAUAAAGAUACCAAAAUUACUGUAUUCCAAGUUUUACCACAGUCCUAUCCCUUACUUGGUGUCAACUAUAACGUAAAUUGAUUUUUUUAUACUUAGACCUGUUACGAAACUUUUUUUCGUCUCUAUAUUUCUGCAACUGUCAUACCACUGAUUGUAUUGCUUUUUUGUGUAAAUUAGGUUAUAUGCCGUAGACUGUUUAGCUAUUGAUCCAUGUAACUCGCUUCAUUGUGUUAUGUACAAUACAAUAUAUUUCUUGCACCUGGUUUCGCAAUGUUUUAAGACAAUUUUUGCUGCUUUAUGCAAGAAAGUAACGUAUCUGUGUAGACUGAUGUCUAUGCUUAAGCUAAUCACUAAUUAAUAACAACUUUACGGAACUUUAAUUCAGUGAUUAAAGCCCUCGACUUUCAGCCAGUAAGUUACAAGCUCGAACCCGGCCAUUCCUGUUUCGGUUUGGGUACGUGGGUAGUAUCAUUAGCCCUCACAUUAGGAGUGUGGCUCAUGCCCAAGCUCCUGGAGAAUAAGUUCAUUUGGAUUUUAGUAACAUUUUGUAUCAAACAUGCUUGUAUAUCAUUUCGGUAAGGGAAAAUUUCCUAUGCUAAGUUUUAUUCUUUAGUCUGCAACAAUGUCACCGAAACCGGUUUUUAGUCGUCGAUAUUUUUUGUAUCAGUAGUUAUUUUAUCAAUAACAAGUUGCUUCUGAAGUGAAAACCUAUGACUACAAAUACGAUAUGAAUAACAAAGUUUAGCAUUACCAAUUAUUCAGUUGCACGUGUUGAUCUUUGCAAUAUAAGUAUUAUCUUCUCCCUGGUUGUUCGCAGCCAUGGUUGAUUUUUGCAUUUCGCUGUUAUUAAUAGACGAAAAGCAUAUGAAGUUUUUGUUGAAUAAAUUCAUGAUAGCUCGACAUUAAUCUUUAAUUAAUACAAUAGUGACAAUACCUCAACGUUUUCUACCGCUUCUACUUAGUGUGCGUUAGGUAGAUGAAAUUCUUGGCAAGGGAACUUUUUGUAGUGCCUGUUACACAAACUAGCACCUUUUUGCUACUAAGCUGUAUUUUGAAUGGAUACAUUUUAUUUUGCGAAGUAGUCACUGAUAAAUAUGUUUACGUUUUCAUAAUGAAUCAUAUCGUAUUUUCCUGUUGAUGAUGAUAUGGUGGUCGGGCUUGCUCGUCGUGACGAACCAGUCGGGUUAUACUGGCUGGAACAACCUCUCCUCAAGGUCCUACCAUGCCAGAUAGGAUGGUUGAAAAACAUUAAGAUACAAAGCAGAAAACUGAAGGUCCGAAGGCGUAGUCGUACUGCUGACUGUACAGAGGUGUGACGGCAGUAAGGUGUUUCCCUCAGACGACCAGCAUAACAGCGAUGCUGCCUUCCCUCAAAGGAAGUGUGAGUUAGAAUAGGCCUACCCUAAAAAUGCACACAUCGCCUUGUUGCACGAAUAUUCGUCUCCGGCGGUAAGGUCUCAACAAGUACGGAGCUAACACGAAAACUACUCACGAAAAAGUCGUGUGUGAUUGACCUCGAGUAGUCUCUUGGGCACUAUGAUCACGCUUUCAGGUCGCUAAGACCACCUCUAAUGCAGCAUCUUUUUCAGGUACCUCUAGAAAAACCAUUCCACGGUGUGGGUAACCGGGAAGUGAAAACCACUCUCAUACCUCUAACAGCACUUACGAUCACUGUAUUCACUAUCAAUUUCCCUAUUCAAUUCCUAUUAUUCCUCCUACCCCGACUACCAACCCUAAACUUCCUCCUCAAGUGUCACCAUGACCAACGAUUCUAGUGCGCGAAGUACUCUCCCAGGUCUACUGAAUUCUCUCUCCAAAGUACACAUUUGAACCCUAUGUCAAAUCGGCCAGCAGGCCUCCUUGGCUUAGAGCCUAGAAUCUCGUACCAUUGAUGUAUGUUGUGUCUCCGAAACACACAUACAUUAAGAAGAUCCAUUAGAGUUGAGCUCAGUGACGGGAAAGCCAAAAGUAAAUUCCAUAAACUGAAGUCACUUAGGCAAUUUCGGAAAUGAGGUUGACUAAAAUAUUGCUUGUAAAGAUACGAGCAGCUGUGGAAACAGUGGCGACAUCCACUAGCUAUUUGAAGCAAAAGUUUACGAAAAACCAGUGGAUUUCUGCAACAUUUAUUGUACUGAUAGACUCCCAAACUAAUUCCAUCAAGCUCCGAACACAAUGAUGACCGAAAAUAAAUGAGGUCUAGGUUAGCCAAAAGUCUACGAAGCGAUCGUGAGCAGUUGUGAGCAACGAAAGCAAAAGAGAUGGAAAAGGUGACAACUGUAGGUAACACAAGAUAGCUCUACAGACUAAUAAAAGAAACCUAAAUUAGGAAGCCAAUUAUAAGCGAGAGAAUCUCGGAAAAAGACGCCAUUCUUAUCUGCUCUCAGCCCAGACGUUUAGAACGAUGGUCGGAACACUUGAAGAAAUAGUUAAGCUGGCCUUCAACUACUCUACAGCUACCCACCAUUUCAAAAAAGCCUGAAUGGGAAAUUGAAAUAGACCCCUCCCCGACUAUAAUUGAAUUUCAGAAAGCUAUAGCGAAUCUGAAACGAGGAAGAGCAGCUAGUCCGGAUAGAUUAUUCCAUAGGCCUUUAAGGAUGGUGGUCCAGCUUUUGCGAUCAGGCUGACUAAUAUUUUAGCUAAGAUCUGGGAGUUAGACGUUAUCCCAUCUGACUGGUCACAAUCACUUAUCGUCCCAAUAUAUAAGAAAGGGUUAAAAUCAUCCUAUGAUAACCACAGAGGGAUUAGUUUAACUAAUAUAAUAUCUUAAAUACUACCCUAAAUAAUUAUCGGGCGCCUAACAAAUACUCGUGAACUUCAAGCACGAGAAAAUCAGGUUGACUUCAGACCUGGUCGUGGCUGCAUCGACCACAUAUUCACCAUUCGUCAGAUUCUAGAACAUAGGCAUACUUAUCGGCAUCCGAUAAUGGUGGUCUGUCUUGACUUAAAAGUAGUACUUGACUCUGUAGACCGAGAAGUUCUGUGGCAGUGUUUGUCAUUGAAAGGCAUACCUCAGAAAUACAUAAACCUUGUGAAGGGUCUUUACUCGAACACUACCAGUCGAGUCAGAACUUAUGACGAACUGUCAUCCGAAUUCACAACCUCGUGUGGUGCCCGGGAAGGCUGUUCAUUACCUCAAUUUUCGUUUAGUUUUAUCAUAGGCCUACUGCUGGAAAUAACGUUCUCGUCGUUCGAAUUUUCAGGAAUUGAUCUCCUACCAGUGUGUCUACUUAUUGACUUAGAAUACACACAUGACAUAGUCGUGUUUGGUGAAGACGCUGAUAAAAUUCAGUCUUUUGGUAACACUGAGCAACAAUGUCAGGAUGUUGAGAAUAUGUUUCUCCCCAUGUAAAUGCAAAUUGUUGCUUCAUGACUGGACUGCGUCAACACCUGAACUAAAGAUAGGGAGUGUAGCAGUCGAACGCGUCAACAACUUCAUUUGUAUUGGAAGUCUGAUCAGCCCUAAUGGGUUGGUUUCUAACGAAAUCUCAACACGGAAUCGAAAAGCUCGUUUAGCUUUUGCCAACUUACGUCACCUGUGGUGAAGACGAGGUAUCCGUAUACCAAUAAAAUGAUGAGUAUACUAUGCCCCCAAAUGCCCUGGUACGGCCGAGAGUGGGGAGGGUCCGGAACGAAGAUAAAUCAGUUGGUAAGGUUGUGAAUCGUCACCGACGCAUUCCUAACCACUGACUACCACGGCAUGCAAUGCUAACUAGUGUUGGAGAUGGAUGGAAAAAAGUUGGAAGCGGCAAAAUCAAGACGUGGCAUCAGUCCAUAAAGUCACUAACUUCUGAUCUGAGCCAUGUUGGUAGAUGGAGAAUGCUAGGUUGUUGUCGGCACGACUAUUGUAACCAAUGGUCAGAACUCUGGGUGACAUGGCUCAGAAUCGAUCACAAUGGCGUAGGUGUAUACACUAUUUAUCUUCCCUUAAACCGUGAGAUUAAAAUUCAUUUUCACCUUUCUUUCUACGUUCCAAUUUUUUCCCCAUGUAUCAUAUCUUUACAUGAAAUUUUUUUUCACUAACAUUGAAGUAACUGCUUCUCUACGAAUUUGGUGUGCAUCUUGUUGUGCUAAUGAUGUAUGGCAAAUUGGUCCGAUGCAAUAUAUGUGAUUGGUCUUACUUUGUAGCUGACUGACUGUUGAUGCAAUUAAUCCGCGACUACUCUUGAUAGUGAGGAUAUAGCUUUUCAGCUCCGACAGCAUCUUAGAAUAACAUAUACGAAAUACGGAAAGUAGAUCUAGUGCUCUUUCCACUUUCUGUGUGCAGUUUCUUGCUUCAUAGUAGUAAUUCUGACCAAAUAGAUCCAAUUUUAAUCUAAUCCUACAAAUAUCUCACCAUACACUUGCUUAUUUUGCGUUAGCUUUGAUAGUACUAUAUUUAAUAUAUUUCCUUAAUAUUACCAGUUAAUUCAUAUUUGAUUCACAGAGUAUCAGUUCCUGCAUACCGAGUUCUGCUGGGCACCCCUGGCUUUCAGGUUAGUAUUCCGUUCGGACACCUGGAUUUUCUUUCAAAGUUACCUACUGAUUUAUUUUAUGAAUUAUUAGUUUUAGACGUAAAAUAGUGUUGUAUACAUUCGAUUCUGUAUAUUGCGAUUGCAAAUGGAAAUGCAGUAGUAAGUAAAAGCAUUAGUUGAUUCCUUUACCAUGGUUAGAAGCAUGAAUACUGCUAAAUCUAAGGAAAAACGAACAGUUGAUUUGUCUUUGUUACCUUGAAAAAGUAGUCGUUCUUAACUAGAUCACAAAGUCUGAGAUAUGUGACCGGUGUUUUUCGUUGUCUCGGAAUUACUUAUCUUGAGCACAUCUCCACUUGGUUUUGAUCUAGUGUCUGAUAUCUUUAUUUUUCCUGAUUUUUACGCAUUUAUUUCCCUUGAUAAACUUUUGUAAAGUAAUAAUAACGAACAUUGUGUGAUAAAGUAAAUUCAUUCCAUUUCGUGUGCCUUAAGUCAUCCACAUGUACAUUAAUUUGAACAAAUAAAUGAGAUGUCUUACAACUGUAAUUUUCUGUGUAAUAUGUAAAAAAUUCUCUAUUCUACUAGUGAAGAGAAAUAAUUAUGAAUACUUCCCAUAUUUAUAUAACAAAUAGGUGAAGGGAUUAAACGAGAGAAAAAGACGACGACAUAAUGCAAUCUAAGAAACACGUGCAAUCAUGAUUAUAGUAGAGAAAAUGAAGAGAGUGAUAGUAAUGACCGUAAACACGAUAAUGAAAUAAUUACGACAGUAACGAUUAUAAUAUAUGAAAAGGAAGGAGUCCGAUGUCUAAAUUGAUAAGGACUAAAUAUUUUAUUAUAUGGUGUUAAAGUAUGUCUAGUUAUGAUAACCAUAAGUAAGAAAUGAAAACUACUAAAAUAAAUAAUGAAAAUAUUUUGAUUAGAUAUAAAUGAAGACAAGCAAACAGAAUGAAAAAAUAGAGGAAGGGAAGUGCAGCAGUGAACUGACCAACCUAGAAACUCCAGAUGUACAUAAUUUGGGUUUUAGACGACGAAUAGUCUUCACUUCUGCGUAACGUAGAAGUCUGUCGUUACUCUUUCUGCUUAUUACUCGGAAGGCAAUAUCAAGGUCUACUGGAUGGCCCAUGUCCAAUAUAUGUUCUCCGACAGCACUGCUAUGUAGUUUAGGGCCAUUCAAGAUUAGAUUUCUCGGGACGUGUUCUGAAAUUCUUUUAUAUAAUAUUCUCUCCAUUCUUCCGAAGCUCAUGAUAUUACGUGAACAAAUAAACAGGCAGAUUCAUUUUAACGUAAAUAUAAAGGAGCUUUACUCAUAAAAGGUUAUAGUUUUAACUUCAGUAAACACUGGUAGUUUUAUAGUUCAGCUAUUUCUGUCUAAUGGGACCACUCAAUCUAUAUUAUAUGCGUUGGAGGCUCAGAUCAAAGUAGAAUGAGAGCUAACAUUCAAUAAGGAAUGUUAGUAUUAGUAAAUUUGUAACCCAACAUUCUCUUCUUUUUUAUUUCGAAACUAAUCGUUUGAUACUAAAGUUUCUGUUUAGUUCUCUACAUUCGGCAUGGGCUUCCUUAAUUUAUAGAUGGUGUGGCACGUUUUACCGAGGUUGUUCAGAGGUGCGUUAUUUUAGAUGAGAAAGUAUCAUGUAAGUUGCUUGUUCGCAUACAGUUAAUCAUUUGAACACUAAGUAAUAUGAGGUAUAACGAAUAAUUCAUUUGCCGUUCUUGAAAUAUACGUGGCUGACAAGAUUUUCCGACCGUGAAGUUUUUAAUCCAUCGAACCAAAUGUUGUUCUGUGAAUUAUUGUUAUCCAAAUGAUCUUUUCCUCGGUUUUUAGUUAGUUUCUGUCGUCAUAUACCUUAAUCAAGUUUUUCCACAUAAAUUUAUUUCGGCUCACUAAUAGCUGAAUAUAUAAACAUUUACUUGGUAAAUGUUCCAUGACCAGAGUUGCUUCAAAUGAUCACCUAUCACAUGUAUACAACUGUUAGCGGGACAUAGACUAGAUUAAAGCAUGCUCAAUGCAUGAUUGCUUUGGUGCACGCUGAUUGGCUGAUUCUUAUCCAAUCAGCACUAGUCGGUAGUUGGAGAAUACUCUGGAAUCUUCUUAUGUAAAAACUAUAAAUAUACUGACGUUUUCCCUAUUGUGCUUCUGACUUGCUAUUUGGAAUAUAAUCUCUUUCCUGUUCAACCGUGUUCUGAUUUGGGGACUUGUCGAGUGAAUCGGUGUCCGAGAAUACUAAGCAAUAGGAAUAGCUGGGUUAUAACCGUAAGAAGAAAGAGAGUUAUAACAACAACAAAAGUGGAUUACUGAUUGGUGUUGAGGUAUUUUAGUAGCCUUAAAAAUAAAUUUAGGUUAGUGUGUAGUGAACGAGAACAUAAGGGGGGAUAAAAUUACAGAACAUCUUCGAAAAAUCUGAGAACCAUACAGCAAAUAUAUAAUUUGCAAAAUCUCAACCAAUUGUCUCAAACUUGACUGUUCCUUUUGCAAAUGCCAGUCAAUCGUCUCAGACUUUAUUGUUCUUUCGUUUCCACACUACUCAUUCUUUGUUCUCGUUCUCUUUUCUUUGAUAUUCUUAACCUGCUGCCGCCAGAAAUUUCACUUUCUAUUGAUGACACAUACUGCUUAGAUCUAUCGAAAUCGGUAGCAUACACCACAGUGGACGGCUAAUAUUUUCGAGCUUUAUACACAUAUCAGAUAACUACUAGCCGUUCGAUCUCAAAGUCAUUUUAGUCAGACUAACUUUAUAAUUGUGAGAAACAGAUAUCUGUACUUAUAAACUUGAGUGAUAACCCUUUCCAACCUUCUAGACUUUGGUAGGAGUCAGGAAUUUGUGAUCGUCACGCUCAAAUGCCUUGGUACGGCCAAGAGUCCGCUCUCCCUCUCGAAAUGCUCUCACAUGGCCAUGUGUAUAAAGCCUCUGCCAGGGAAGUCCUACUCACUGCCUUCUCGUGGCGGGGGUGUUGUUCACGAAAUUGAGAGCACGAAAAGCGAAUGUCUGACGCUUUAACCGGGUUGGUGGACAUGGAGAGUCCACUUAGGGGAGUUGGAAAACCCUGAUUCUAAACCAAUGGUGCACACGGGCUCCAAGAUCCUGUAGGAACAAAUGGCGUAUGAACCUAUUGUUGGCCACCGGCUACCAUGGGACUGUAUCUUCUUACAAUACUCCACUGCCUUGUGGAUCAGACCUUUAGGUCGAAGGCUCCAGGUGUGGCCCCCUAAGAAAACCACCUGGUUCGGUUUGGGCACCCGGGCAGUAUCAGAGCCCUCAUACAUAUCAAAUGAGAUUUGUGUGGCGCAUAUGUAUUUGGUGCCUCUUUGAUCGUCACGCUCAGAGCGUUUUCAUUAUUAGUUAACUCAAAGAUAAUACAAGUUUCUUUUCAAUAACCAUGUGUAUUGUUACAGUCGGUUUUUUUCAGAGACUUCUGGCGGCUUAUCUGUUUCAUUUCACAUAGAUAAAAGUGUCAUUUUGAGAGGGGUUUGUGUAAUUUGAUUCUAACAAGAAUAAGAAUACUGAAAUAUGAUUUCUCAAUUUCGACUGCAGGUUAUUAACUUUUCGCAAGGAAUCGGGUGUGUAAAAUUUAAAAUAAGUAAAGAAUAAGAAUCACAGUUCACUAACUUCCCAAACUUUUCGACCCUAGUGUUCAUAAGGAACACGAUAAACUCUCGAGGCACAUUAAACCGAAGUUUAAUUAUAUCCUUGAGAAAGAGCUCUAAUGUCCUACAGAUUCAAUCUGACUACGAUUAAUACAUGGAUGGUACGUCUCUUACUUUUUAAUUCCCAUACCAUUCGUCCUCUUAACUUUUCCACUGCAAUCACUGCCUAUCAUAACUGUUUUUCAUUUGAUAUUUUGUACCAGAUGUAGUAGCUUUGGAUAGAAUUGAACUUCCAUGUUAUUCUGUACUGAUAUUAGUUGGUAUGUGGGUAAAGAGCCAAAUUAAAUAUCAGCUUCAUAACUUCAAUUUUAUGUUCUCAAACAAUCAUUCUGUUGCACAGUAUUUCUAAGUCCCGUAUUUGGUACGAAUCCGUCUACUUGGCUUCAAGCCAUACUAUGAAUGUAAGGAGCAGUGAUACUAAUCGGUUUCCCAAACUGAAGUAAGUGGAGCAGGUUCCAAACCUUCGACUGGGUAGCCGAUAGUCGAAUCCCUUAGUCACUAAGUCAUUGCUCCAUGAUUAGGAAUCGUGUGGUUAUCAAGUAGGAUCUAUUGAGUAAGUUUAUUUUUACCCGUAAAUAAUAAAUUUUGUCUAAAUAGUAAGACAAAAAAACAAAGAUUUUUCUUUAUGUCAAAUUCAUUGUGUGGUAAAAUUUCUGAACUAAGGAAGUGCUGAAUCGCUUGUCGUAAAAUCCUCGUUUGAAUGACGUAAAAUAAUUCACCUUUAGCUGUAAUCCUUAAUGUAGAAUGAAUCUCAUGAACUAAUUCUUUCUUCCUGUACUAUAUCCUUAUAUGCAAUCUUUCUUUUAUAUAUUACCACUAUUGAAUUAACUACUUCUAUGAAUUUGGUGUUCAUCUUGUUGUGCUAAUGAGGUGUGGCAACUUGGACCGAUGCACAUAUGUGCCUGAUAGUACGUUGUAGCUGAUUGGUUGACUGACAUUUGUUAGGAAUGUUUGUUUAUUUUUCAAGACAACACAUAAUGUGUAUUCAGAUUAGUGUAACCACGUAAGGCAAAAUAAUCUUAGUCUAAAAUCUCUACUAUUUAAAAGUAAUAGAAAAUCAUACUAUUAUCAAACAUAUCUGUACACAGAUUAAAAAAAUUUCCAAAUGUAUCAGCACAGACGGUAAUCGAAGAGGUUGCUGUGAUCUUAUAGAAAUAUAAGUUUGUACUUCUGUAUGCAAAUAAUGAUGACAAAUUUUUUCAGCCCAUCAUUCUAGACUUCACGUAUUCUAUCACUACUAGGUUCUGGAACAUCUACCAAACACAGAAAUAAUGGAGACUGUAUUAAGCGCUCGGAGGCUAUUUACAAGACACUGAAUAAUGCUUUUAGUGACCUUAUUUCUGUCCCGACCUGUCAACCAAAUUGGGAAUACGAUGUUUCUAAUGCAGAGUAUAUAGAUUUUCAGGAGUAUCAAAUAGACUUGAUGAAGAGAUUUUGUCAUGUAGAUGAAUCUGUUUUGAUUAGCAUAGCUGAAAAUCUGCAAAAAUGUUUAAACUCAACUCACUGUUCUCCUAACGGGAGUACAUGGUUACUCCACUUAUUCGUGAUUGCAUUUUUCGUUUCUUAUGUUCAGCAUUUUCAAAAACUGCCCUCACGGAGCUUGAUGUUGUCCAUUUUUGAACUGUCUCCAGACCCGGUUAUUUUUCAUCAGUUGUAUGCUUCGCUACUCCCCGAAGUUUUAUCUAUUCCAGAUCACCGUCAAGGUGAAUAUAUAUUGAACUUCUUAAAGAACUCUACUCCUUCGCACUGUUAUACACUUCUUUGUAAACUCUGUACCUUGGAUUCUAAUUGGCCAGUCGAUUCAUAUUCUGUCUUGGAAUUUCUUUUUGAUCCAUGUUUAGCCUAUGUAUCUUCAACUCCAGAAUUGUCUCCUAGUCAAUUGUUUGUAGCUGUUGUGAAUAAAUUUUACCAUGAUGCUCAAAAAGAUUCAAAUCUUCGGAAAUCAAUAAAAUUCACAAAUAUGAUUGUUAAAUUCUUACGAAAUUAUGCAAGUUAUUACCCAUCAUUACAAUAUCCAGAGGAAUCUCAAAUUAUUUUGAAACAAUUGGCAAAUGAGAAUUCCACUUUUCUCCGAAAUACAUUAAACAAUUUUGUUUGUUAGAAAAAACUAAUGUUUCUGUGCGAAUAAUUUCUGUACUAUUCAUUAGAAAAAUGUAUCUGGUGAUAAUGCUCAUUGCCUUUUUGUUUUCUCUCUUCCAUAAUAAUAACAAUUCACAUUAUUGAAUUCAAUUCUGUUUUUUUAGCUUUUGAAUAUUCCUACUUGGAACAAUGAAUAUUGGUGAUAAAUUUAUUACUAAAUUGUUGGAUAUGAAAUUACAAAGAGAAAAUGUAUACAGAGGUGAACGCGUGUUCUUGCCUAAUCCACGAACUAUUUAUGGUGGUGAGCUCAUGGCUCAAGCUUUAAUGGCUGCGAGUAAAACCGUUCCUAAAGAUUUCAGACCGAAUAGCCUACACUGUUAUUUUCAUGACCGAUCAAAUGUACUUGAACCGAAUGAUUACUAUGUUACAAAACUUCGUGAUGGACGUUCAUUUUGUCAUAGAUUAGUUGAAGCUUUUCCAAUAAAUAAAAGUGAAUCGGAUUCAAUUACUCCGUAUUUUCGCAUGGAUUGUUCAUUUAAAACACCUGAGAAGGAUGCUGCAUCCUUUUUGUCUCCCAUGCCUAAUGUUCCGUAUGUUGAAAAACUCCAAGAUUUUAAUUCAUAUGUGAAAUCACUGGAUUUGUAAGUUCAAUGUCUGAAAAUUUUGGUUGCGGUUUUACUUUUUCACUCACGUCUUUUACUCCUUGUGGGAGAAUAGAAUGCCUACCAAGAUUCGACAACCAACUCUGUCUUUGGCCCCUCCCUUUCCAGUUGCUUCCAACUACUAUUCAUUCUUCUCAUGUCUGCCUCCGAUUCCCGACUCAGUGUGUUCUUUAGUCUUCCUCUUUUCUGUUUACCUUGAGGAUUUCAAGUUAAGGCUUGCCUCGUGAUGCAGUUCGAUGAUUUCCACAAAGUGUGUUUUAUCCAUCUCCAGUAUAUUUCCCUAAUUUCCUGUUCAGCUGGAAGUUGGUUUGUUCUCUGUCACAGUAGGUUGUUGCUGAUGGUGUCUGGCCAACGGAUCUGAAGUAUCUUGUUUAGACAAUUGUUUAUAAAUAACUGUACUUUUUUUAUGGUUAAAUUUGUUCUGCACGUUUCUGCCCUGUACAAUAGAAGUGUCUUGAUGUUUGCAUUGAAGAUUGUGAGUUGGAUGUUGGCUGAUAGUUUUUCUGAGUUCCAUGUGUUCUUCAACUGUAGGAAUGAUGCUCUUGUUAUUAACGCUAAUAAGUUUAUAGUUAUGAUUAUGUAUGUGCCUUAUUUCUCUAUCUCUCUGUGAGGUCGGAAAUUGGAGAAAUAUUCCUUUUAUUCAUUUAAUACUAAUGAUUGAUUUUCACUCAUGGACUUCCGAAAUACUGAUUCCUAACUAAGAAUAACUGGACAUUGACAUAUUGAGGCCUGUCAUGAUUUUUAUUGUACUAAAAAUAUUCUGCAUUGUUUUCUUUGUACUAUUUAGAAUUGUGUUAAUUUAUUUUCUCUGAAUAAGUGGCUUACAUUAAGUCAGAAAUGUCAGAAAUGCAAUUUCGCUACUUAUUGGGAUAUAACAAAAAAUUUAUUGAUUAUCAUGUUUGAUUAAUGUUUUUGACAGUAUUUAAAAGUUCGUACUCUCAUAUGCGCACUGUAUGUCCAUAGCUCCAAUAUAGUUGACUUGUCGGUAUCGUGGCGUUCGUUUUUUCUAAAUUGUACAUUCACACAUUGUAAUAUAUAACCACAGCAAUUAAAGUGUUCAUAUUUGAUUUAAUAUCAAAGUUCAACCUUUAAACUCCAAACGAUAUAAUUUUUUACAUAAAACUUAGUCAAUUUCCUCCUGAACGAGUUAAAAUGAUGAGCCCACCUGAAAAUAACUUAUCUAACUGGGUUAUACCAAAAAAUAUAUUUACAUUUUCACUCUUGGCUUACUAAAACCAUACAUUUACCACAAAGUUUCGUAGUACCAGACCAUUAAACAUAUAACAGAUAUCAUUUAUAUCUAAAACAUAGUCUAAUGGUUCUGCUUCAACCAGUCAUUAGUUAAAUUUAACAUAGGAACUGACAUGAUAUGUAUCAACUUGACUUGUCACAAUUUAUGUUAGCAAAGCUAGAAGGAAGAUUAAUAAGACGAAAAAUAGUUGGAGAGAAAUAACAUAAAUUGAUAUGGAAAGUUAAACAUUGGAUUAUAUUUUAGAGGAAACUGUUCUAUUAGAAUGACUAUUUUAGUUUUAUUAUUAUGGACUGAAUAAUUUUGUACGUUUCUAUUUACAAAAAGUGUUAUUUUAUACUUAUUUCACUUGUUGAAACUUUUCUGUUGUUGCCUUCAUACUAACUGAAUUUAUCAACAUCGUCGUUCUAUCGUCAGCCUGUUGCUAAACAAAAAAGAUUCCUUUUUGGUGCGCUUCAUAUUAAGCAUUACGAAAUUUUAUACUUCAUUAGAAAAUAAUAAUUUGCACCGAGUGUCAUGAAUACGGUUUUCUAACUAUUUGAUUCAAUUACUUCAUUUUUUGUUAGUGACAACUUGCCAAAUGUACCACGAACUCGGGUACUACAUUAUCAAAGUUUCGAUGCUAAUUCACCUAUUGAAACAGUAUUCUGUGAACCUGAAUAUGUUCUUGGUUUUAAGUCAAAUGUUGGUGGACAACUACACUCUUGGAUCCGUUUAAAGGAACCACCUUGUAAGUCGUUAACAUUUAUUAAGCUAUUUUCUACUUUUAUUUUCCGUAUGUAAUGCGCACCGUUUUCAAAGACUACAAAUCUUCCUUGACUUACGACAAUGAGGAGAAUAACUCGCUGAUUCAAGUGACUAAUAGAUUAAGCAUAACAGGUCAUGUGACCAUUUAAAACCUUUCUGUUAUAUCAUUACUUUUCUCAGUGCUCGAAUUGUCUACCUCACAAGUGAGCCGGUUGCAGUUUUAACAAAGUUUAGGAAUUCCUGGAAACGUCCUUAUGCUCUUUUGUUUAAAAUGUUCUUUUAUUAAUCAAAUACUGCUGCUGGUCAACUGGAUAAACAAGUACAGAACCAAUAAUACAUAAUGUUUCCCUAUGUCAUACUAAGUACUUUGUCUAUUUAUAUUAUCACAUAAUGCUCGUGGCAUUUCUAGGUCAAUUGAGCGAAGUAAAUUUCCAGAUAAUCGACACUUCAUUUCACAGUGGAACCCAUGCCCCUCUAAGCUACUCUAUUACCAUUCUUUCUUAACCUACUAUUCUUACAGAAAAAGAACAAUGUAUGGGAUUAUAAUUAUCUUUGUGAGUUUAUUGAAAUCACAAGAUUUAUGUUUGCUUCAAUCGUCUUCAAGAACUAUAGUAGUUUGACAUCGGUCUACAGCAAGUGUCAGUAAGGUUAUUCAGUUUGUCUUAUUGUCCUAUGUGAGGUAAAUAGAUUUUCAUUUUUUUUCCUAUCCUGUGAUUUAUUCAGGUCAUUUUUCACUUGAAAUACUAUAGCUGAUAAUAUGGAGAUAUCACUUAAUCAUACAAAUAAUAAUUUAUGUUAGGCUGAACCAACUAUCCAUCUUAAUGAUUCAGGCGAUUUUCUACUGUCUUUUUCAUGUAAUAUCAUUGCAUUCUAGUUGGGUAGAUGAAAAGUGUAAAUAGUCCUGUUGGUUGAAAUUUGUUUGAUAGCUAAUCAUUCAGAAAUAAUAUUGUUUCGCUCGUUUAUUAUUCUAAGAGCAUUAUAAAUAUUUUUGGUGUGCUGUAUUACUAAGAUGAGAAGUGAGUGCACUAGGCCGCUAAAUUUUCCUUCGGUUAUUGAUAUUUUUCAGCACGUUAAUAUCCUAUCAUGUUAGGAGUAUGUGGUCAAUACAAUCACUAUUUCUUAGAGCACUUACACUUACAUUGUCUAGGAGAAUUAUCAAGUAUAUAAUAGUUUACUGAGUCUAUGUGAAUGGUCCAGAAGUCUUGCUACUUUAAAAAAAUCUAUUUGUUUGUUUUUCGUUUCCUAGCCGCCUCUCUACAUUCUUAUCGUGAUGCCUUCCUAGCGUAUUUAUCGGAUGCUUUUUUGUUAUGGGUCGCUCUUACUGAACCACAUCAUGUUUUAUACUUGGUCACACUAAAUCAAAGCAUAUGGUUUCACAAUCCCGAAGUAGAGAUUAAGCCGGACGAAUGGAUUUUGAUUGGAACAAGAGCAAAUUACGUAGGUGGCGCUUUGACACUUUCAUAUGGAGACAUUUGGAAUAGAGAAGGCUGUCUCCUGGCAAGCAUGGCUCAACAAGGCUUGGUGCGGACCCAACAAAUGACACCAGUCUCAUCCUAUACAUCAAUGAGUGAACUAGCAGAACAAGCCGAGAAAUAAUCUUACAUCCAUAUAGGCACCUGACUUUAAAUUUUAUUAUCUUUUUGUAUAUCUUAAUUCCUGUCAUGGACAUAUAUAUCUAUGCAACAUUCCUCAGCACACAAAGAAGUCUCUUGAUAUUAUGUUCUGGCUAUAUCGUACUUUUAAACUAUAGUUGUGAUAUCGGUGCUGUGAUUCUCUGAUUAAUAUGUUUGCAGUAUUUCCCUCAUAAUUGUUAUUCACUACUAAAUUACAACGAAUUGAAUGUCCUUUUAAUAUUUUCCUCAUAAAAGCUCACAGGCCAUUCCACUUCAACAGUGAAGUGACUUUCGGUUAGAUUAUUGAUUAAGACUAUUCACACUAAGUGCUUUUUCUAACCUUCUGUUCAGUUUUUACUAAAGUGAAUUGAGCAAGCAGUAUCCUUCUUUGAUAGGUGGAUGAAAAGUGGAGUUACUAGCCUUAA